AUGCCCAGCUCGUGUCAGGAAUUGCGCGAGGCGCUGGCCCAGUGCCUUCAGGAAUCCGACUGCGUCAUGGUGCAGCGCAACCGGGCGGCCGACUGCCUGCGCGAGCCGCUGUCAUCGACGCUGCCGACGCGCUGCCAGCAGCUAAAGAAGGGGUACGGCGACUGCAAGCGCGGCAUGGUGGACAUGCGCAAGCGGUUCCGCGGCAACAUGCCCGUGGCGUACAAGAGCGAGUCGAGCAACGGCCCGCGGGCGGCGGACGGCGACAAGGGGUACCAGCUGUACGCCGGCGGAUCGGCGUUUGGCGGCGCGGUACGCGAGACGAGUGGAAAUGAGCCGGUCGCGCCGGAUUGGCGAGACGUCGAGAACGAGCGAUACCGGGCGGAGCAGGCGGCGAUUGCGGCGGCGAAUAGUCAAAAGUGA